UCGAACUCUAAAGAAAGGCGUCUCUUUUAUCUUUUCAGGGAGGUGAAACAAAAACACGAAGGCGUCUCUUUGAUCGAUCGAUUGCUUCUCAUGCAAGAAUUAUCACCGUCCGUUGCAUCCUCUGGCGACUGGAGGUCUCAGAUCUCAAGCGGGUCCAGGCAACGGAUCGUCAACAAGAUAAUGGAUACUUCAAAGAAGUAUUUGCCGAUAGCUAAUACUGAGGACUCAGAAGAACUAAGGAACAUUGCUAUCCGAUUCGAGGAGAAAAUAUAUACCGAUGCUAUUGAUCAGACGGAUUAUCUGCGAAAAAUUUCUAUGAAAAUGCUGUCUAUGGAGACAAAGGCUCAGCAAUCAGCUCCAAUUAAUCCCUCAAUACCAAAUGCUGGUGCUGGGAAUCAGAGUCUUGCAGAUCCAGGUUCACUUGGCAUACAGUUGCAGAUCAAGAACCCUGGGCAACCAUUACCCGUCUCUAAUCUAUCAGUUUUACCCCAGAACCACCAAAACAACAGUUCUGGUUCUUUGGAAGGUUCUUCUGGCGUAGCUCUUGCAUUGGCGUCCAUCUCGGAACUCAGUCAGUCCAACAAAUCUGGUGUUACCCAAGCAUCAAUCUUGCACAAGAUGACUGGCACAUCACAAAGCUCUGUAAAUUAUGCUAUAGGAAAAGCAAAACACACUGAGAUUUAUGCUGAGGAACAGAAACAGAUGCAAGGAAGCCAGAAACAGCAACAACAAUCGCAGAAUCCACUUAUUUCCCAGCAUCAGAUCCACCAGCAGUUUCUGAACGGAAAGAAUCAUUCUUCACUCUUGCGGCAGCAACAACAGCAGCCAGAAGGACUGACAAAGCAAUCUCUCUUACCACCAAAUCUGCUGGAGUCUUCUCAAAUGCAAAUACCAUUUAAUCUUCAAUCAAACCAGUCUAAAAAUCAGCAGGCCCAAGGAACAAGUGCGCAGUUGGAUCUACAACCUGGGUGUCAACAGAAUCACCUUAAUCAAAUCCAACAGUCAGUUGCCAGACAAUGGCACUCUCAUCCUUCACAUCAACAGGAACCUUCUUUCCAGCAACAGUCAAAAUCCAUCUCUCAGAACUCAACAUUAUCACAGCAGCAACGAAUUAUGGAUCAGCAAAGAAAUAUGUCAAAUAAUGUUGCAGACAUUCAGCAGAAGCAACAUAGAUUGCCUGUCCAGCAAAAUUGUCUUUCAAGCAUGCAACAGUCGAAGCAGAUGAUACAGCAAAGCAUGGUUUUAGAACCGCAGCAGCAACAUCAGUUAGGUUCUCAAACUAACAUGUCAGGUCUGCAGCAGCCUGCAGCAGCCGCAUCAGGUACUUGGACCGAGUCCCAGAAUCUCAAAUAUGCAGCCACAUCAGCGGGCAAUGCUUAUGCAAAAGAGCGCAGAGCAGCAGCAGCAGCAGCAGCAGCAGCAGAAACAGCAAACACCACAUUCGUCUUCGACAUUAUUGCAGUCACAAGUUCAACAAUCUCAGCAUCAAUCAUCGCACCAGCAACUCAUGUCCCGGUUUCACCUCAGCCUUCACAAUUGCAACAACAAUCAAGUUCCUUACAACGGGAGACACAACAAAGACUUCAAGGUUCAGGUCGUCUAAUUCGUGUUCAAAAUGCAACGGAGCAGAAGUCACUCGUUCAGACACAUAAAGGGCUUGCAGACGUUUCAUCUAACACAUCAGUGGAUUCAACAACUCAACCAGGAAAUGCUGGUGCUGUUGACUGGCAAGAGGAGUGCUAUCAGAAGGUGAAAUCUAUGAGGGAGCAGUACUACACAGAACUCCUUGAGUUGUAUAAAAGGAUUGUUCUUAAGUUUCAGCAGCAUGAAGCACUUAUACCACAAGGCAAGCAGACGGAACAGCAUGAAAAGCUCAAGAACUUCAAGAUUAUGUUAGAGCAUAGGCUAGCACUUAUGCGGGUUUCUAAACAUGACAUUUCAGUUGGUCUUAAAGAGAAACUUCCUAUAUAUGAGAGGCAAAUAGUAAAUUUAAUCACUUCAUGCAAAAACCAUUCUUCACAAGUACAGGGACAACGACAAUUUCAACAUUCGAAUGUUGGGAAUGCUCACUUGAUACCAGAGCAACAACAAUCUCAGUCUUCUCAGAUGCCUCAAGGUUCUGGAGCUUUAUUGCAAAUGUCUACUACACCUAAUGUGCAACAUGUAUCCAGGCCUUUAUCCACAGAACACCAGAAUAUAUUAAAUAUUUUGAGGCCUGUUUCUAAUAGUAUUGCAGCCCAAGGGAGAUCUUUUAAUUCAAAAAAUGCAAUUGGCUCUGAACUGAUGCAGCAGCAACAGAGACAUUCUUUAUUACAAAAGCGACAGCCUUUGCAGCAAGAUUUGCACCAGCAACAACAGAAGCAGGCACAGUUGCCUAUCCCCCGAUUCCAGCAGCUACAUUCAAUGAAUGAACUCAGGCAACUGAAGGUGAAACAAGGGUCAGACAUCAAAUCAAGACUCAAUGAGUACUCAGCUGGCCAGCACCACAGUUACUACUAUAAUCAGCUGAAGCCAAGAGCUUCUUAUUCAAUUUCAUCUCCUCCAAUUCUUCCACCUUUGUUGCCUCAAAUUUCUAACCAUUCUUCACCUCAUAUUGACCAGAAUGGUCAAUUGUCAUCCAUUCCAAAAGUUAAAGGUUCUCCACUAUCUGCAAACUCACCUUUAAGUGUUACUCCUUCCACUCCCUUUGCCCCCUUGCCCACACCAGUUGAUUCUGAGAAACAACAAUCUGCUAUUUCAUCAGCUGCUCAUCAGCAAACACCUGCUUCACCACUUCAGCCACAUUCACUUAUUAUUAGCACUCCUGGAAUUUCAGCAUCACCUUUGCUAGCAGAAUGCACCAGUCAAGAUGAGAACCAGCCUGAUGUACCAACAUCAAGAACAAAUGCGACAAAACAGCCUGUAGAUCGCUUAAUUAAAGUGGUACAAUCACUAACACCAGAGGCUCUGAACUCAUCCGUUAAUGAUAUUGAAUAUGUUGUUAGUAUGAUUGAUCGGAUAGCUGGUUCAGCACCUGGCAAUGGUUCGAGAGCUGCUGCUGGUGAAAAUUUGGUUGGAAUGGCAAAGUGUCAUCUUCUAGCAAGAAACUUUAUGUCUCAAGAUGGUAGUGCUACUAGAAAGAAAUUGAAGCGCCACACUAUUGCAUUGCCUUUAUAUGAUGUUUUUUCACCUGAAAGCAAUGAUGAUAGCUUUAAGCAAUUGCAUGGUUUUGAAUCAUCACAGCUAGAGUCUACUGCAACAUCCUGUGUUAAGAGGCACAAACAUGAGGUUAAUGAGGGAUUACUGGAAGAGAUAUGGAAGAUAAAUCAAAAGCUGAUUGAUACGGUGGUUGAUGUUAGUGAAAACAAUGAGGGCGAAGAAGGAAUAGUGGUUAAAUUUACUUACACCGCUAUUGCCCUCAGUUCAGGCUUGAAAGCACAGUUUGCAUGUACACGGACGUCCCCCAUGAUGACUUUGAGAUUAGAGGUUCCUGCCAAUUAUCCAGCAUGCUCUCCUGUACUUCUAAACAAGCUUCCAGGUUACCCCAGUAAGGACUUAGAAGAUCUUUCAAUCAAGGCAAAGUCAAAGUUCAGUAUCUCUCUCCGGCACUUGGCACAACCAAUGUCACUUGGAGAGAUGGCAAAAGCUUGGGAUAUAUGUGCUCGGGAAGUCAUCUUAGAAUAUGCUCAAAGAACUGGAGGAGGAAGCUUUAGUUCGACUCAUGGUUCAUGGGAAAAUUGCAUUGCUGCUUGAUCCCCGUGAAGGAAGGAUUUUCCUAUUGAUGUGAAAGAGGUGGAUUUAGAUGAUCCGGUUCCUUAAUUAAUCACCAUAUAUAUAUACACACACACACAUACCAAAACCAUGUUAAUACAAAGUUAUUUUCUGAACGGAAGUACAUUAAUUAGAACAGUAGUAUCUCAGGUUGUAUGUAAGCAAGCCAGUCUGUUGUUCACUGGUACAGACUUUGCUGCUGUGUGAUGUGGAUGAUGUAUUUACUUGUAGUUGCUAUUUAUCUAUCAUCAAUAUCAUAAUUUAUUUCCUUUUUUUA